ACGUGGUCUGGGCGCCCGUGCCUCCCGGCCGCCGGCGGGGCUGGGCGCACACAGCGCGGGUGCCGGGGGGCUCGUCGCGCCGCGCCGCGGCUUGCCUGCUCCCGCUGCCCGGGCGGCCGCCCCCGCCCGCCGCGCGGCCAUGCGCGAGUGCCGCGCCGAGCAGCCGAACGGGGCUGCACCGCCGCCGCGUCCCGCAGCAGCGGCGUGAAGCGGCGGCAGGAUGAAGCGGGCGAGCCGGGCCGCGCCGGGCUCCCUGGCCGCGCUCGGGCUCUUGCUGCUGGGCGCCCUGCUGGGGCUCUGGACGGCGCUUCUGCAGCGGGAGGCGGCGGCGCAGCGGGCGCCGGGGCCGCGGCUGCCCCCGGAGCCGCCCGGCCGGCGGCCGCCGCCGGGACCGUGGGGCUGGGGGCGCUCCCCGCCGGCGCGGGGCGAGUCCCGCGGCGGACAGAAAACUUUCCGGGCGCUGCUGGCGGUGCCGGGCCGUGAGGAGCGGGCGGCCGAAGGGCGGUCCGCCCCCGGCGGCUCGCCGCUGCCGGGAGCCGCCUCCCCGGUGCAGCGGGGCAUCUUCUGGAGCCGGGAGCUGGAGGAGCAGGUGCCGCCGGGCUUCGCGGCGGAGGAGGCGGCGGCGUGGCUGUCGGCCGCCCGCGCCGCCCGCGUGGCCUCGCUGGAGCGGGGCGCCUGCGGGCGCAGCUCCAACCGGCUGGCGCGGCUGUCGGACGGGAGCCGCGCCUGCGUCCGCUACGGCAUCAACCCGGAGCAGAUCCAGGGCGAGGCGCUCUCCUACCACCUGGCCGGGGUGCUGGGCAUGCAGGAGCGCCUGCCGCCCAUGGCGCUGUCCCUCGUGGAGACCCGCGGGCGGCAGUGGGAGCCGGUGCGGGAGGAGCUGCGCGGCUCGCACUGGGCCGAGGGCGCCGUGGUCAGCCUCACCCGCUGGGUGGACAACCUCACCGACGUGGUGGCCCCCGCGCCCUGGGGCGCCGAGGCGGGCGCUGCAACGGGCCGGCGGCUGCAGCCGCUCUCGGCGGGGGAGCUGGGCGCGCUGCCGCCUUCGCAGCUGGUGGAGCUGGUGCAGUGGAGCGACCUCAUCCUCUUCGACUACCUGACGGCCAACUUCGACCGCCUGGUGAGCAACCUCUUCAGCCUGCAGUGGGACCCGCGCGUCAUGCGCCGCGCCACCAGCAACCUGCUCCGCGCCCCCGACGGCGGGCUCGUCUUCAUGGACAACGAGGCGGGGCUGGUGCACGGCUACCGCCUCCUCGCCAUGUGGGACCCCUACAACGAGCCGCUGCUCCGCUCCGUCUGCGUCUUCCGCGAGGGCACGGCGCAGCGCGUCGCCGAGCUCCACCGCCGCCGCAGCGCCGCCGCCGAGCUGCGCCGGCGCUACCGGGCGCGGGAGCCGCUCUGGGCGCGCCUCGGCUUCCUCUCCGAGCGGCAGGCGGAGCUGCUGCAGGCCCGCGUCGACUUCGUGCACCGCCACAUCGCGCACUGCCGCGCCCAGGCCGCCGCGCUCUGAGGGGCCCCGGCGGGCGCCCGGCUCGGCAGCGGCGCCGGCCGUUACGGAGCGGCCGUUGGGGGGGCGCGCGGCCGUUACGGAGCGGCCGUUGGGGGGAAGGGGGGCGGAGGGGGGCGCGCGGCCGUUGCGGGUCGAGCCCGCGCGCGAAGGGCCGUCGCCGCGUGAGACGGCUGCCUGCCUUCAUUCGCGUUUUUUCCUCUUUUCUUUCUUUUUUAUUUCCUUUUCGUGUCGGGCGGCGUAGCUGGGUCCCCGGGACCAAGCUGUGGGUAGCUCGAGUCUCCUGCGCGCUUGCUUGCUCGCUCGCUCCCUGGCCGUGACCUGCAGGGGAGCUGAAUGUAGUUUGCAGAGUGCCUCUUCUAGGUAGCGGCCAAAAGGUUUGGACCCGCGUACACGGCCUUUGGUGCCUCAGUGUCGUUUCAAUACUUUGGCCUUGGGGUCUGAGCCUGCUGGGUGGGGAGUGCUCCCGCUCCGGUUGGCCCCCGAGAGCGCACUUUUUCCUCGCUGCAUCUGUCAAGUGUGGAUAGUAACUGCCUACCUUCCUCCCAGGGCUUUUCUGAGGAGCCAUUAAUUACUGUUUGUCAAGAUCUCUGAAGAUGCAAAGUGCCGUCAGUAUUAUAGCCGUCUUAGUUCCACACUGGGUCUCUGUUUCCAGAGGUUUUCGAAAAAGAAGAAAUUCUGCAUCUAAAGUAUUUUCCUAAACUCUUGGUGCACUUGCCCACAUAAAGAGACCCUGUAGGAAAGCUAUUGUCUUUAUCUGGAUUGGGGUCGACUACCUUUUCCUUCCAAAGGAGGCAGACAGAUACAUUUUUAUAUAUUCUUCCUUUUGCAACAAUGUAUUUAAAAAUGAAUAUUGAUAUUCAUAGACCAAGAACUGAUUGCACAAUAGGGGAGCCCUUGACUAGCAAAACUGCCCUGUUUAUGAAGCUUGUUUCCUAUUGAUUUUCUUUAACCAGAGUGAACUGUUCUGCUGGUUGUUAAGUUUGGUCAAUGAAAAGUGUAUAGAAAGCCCAUAUUCCCGUAGUUCUUAGUCUUUGUUGUGGGCACAUCUGGUUAAACUGUUUUGAUUCUUAAGUGUUUGUUUGUAGUCAUCAUCAUUUGAUUUGAUCAGUAAAAUAACUGACUAAUGGGUGACAGAAGAAAAUCUCCCAAGUUUUAGAGAUACUGCUAUGUACUAAGACUUUGACAGGAUAGUUAAAGUGGAGAAAAAACUGUUUCAUGCACUUUACUUUGACUUUUUAAUUUUUUUAUAAAAAAGACCUUUUUAUUUUACAAAUCUGCCUUUUAUGUACAUUAUAUAUGUUCAUAAGCUUUUCUGUAACAUACUAAAGAAACUGAUAUUUCAGUAAAGUGUGUUAAUGUUUUA